AGUGACGCGAGCGAGUUCCGGUUGGCUGGAGCCCAGCGGCGGGUGUGAGAGAGAGUCGGUGUUGUGAGCCGCUUCCAGGAUCCUGCGAUCCGGAGAAGCCGGGGUCUGAGCGGCUCCUCCAGAGUUCCUGAUCUAUGAAAUGGCAGAGAAUGGAAAAAAUUGUGACCAGAGACGCGUAGCAAUGAGUAAGGAUCAGCACAAUGGAAGUCUCACAGACCCCUCUUCAGUUCAUGAGAAGAAGAGAAGGGAUCGAGAAGAAAGACAGAAUAUUGUCCUGUGGAGACAGCCACUCAUUACCUUGCAGUAUUUCUCUCUGGAAACUCUUGUAGUUUUGAAGGAAUGGACCUCAAAAUUGUGGCAUCGUCAAAGCGUUGUGGUGUCCUUUUUACUGCUGCUUGCUGCGCUUGUCGCUACGUAUUAUGUGGAAGGAGCGCACCAACAGUAUGUGCAGCGGAUAGAGAAGCAGUUUCUUUUGUAUGCCUACUGGAUAGGCCUGGGGAUUUUGUCCUCUGUUGGUCUUGGAACAGGAUUGCACACCUUUCUGCUGUAUCUGGGCCCACAUAUAGCUUCAGUUACAUUAGCUGCUUAUGAAUGCAAUUCGGUUAAUUUCCCUGAGCCACCCUAUCCUGACCAGAUUAUCUGCCCAGAUGAAGAAGGCACUGAAGGAGCCAUUUCUUUGUGGAGUAUCAUCUCAAAAGUUAGAAUUGAAGCCUGCAUGUGGGGCAUUGGAACAGCCAUUGGAGAGCUGCCUCCAUAUUUCAUGGCCAGGGCAGCUCGCCUCUCAGGUGCUGAACCAGAUGAUGAAGAGUAUCAGGAAUUUGAAGAAAUGCUGGAGCAUGCAGAGGCUGCACAAGACUUUGCAUCACGGGCUAAACUGGCAGUUCAAAAACUAGUACAGAAAGUUGGAUUUUUUGGAAUUUUGGCCUGUGCUUCUAUUCCAAACCCCCUGUUUGACCUGGCUGGAAUAACGUGUGGACACUUCCUUGUACCUUUUUGGACCUUCUUUGGUGCAACCCUGAUUGGGAAAGCAAUCAUUAAAAUGCAUAUCCAGAAAAUAUUUGUUAUAGUAACUUUCAGCAAGCACAUUGUGGAGCAGAUGGUGACUUUCAUUGGUGCUGUCCCCGGCAUAGGUCCCUCUCUGCAGAAGCCUUUUCAGGAGUACCUGGAGGCGCAGCGGCAGAAGCUUCAUCACAGAAGUGAAGCGGGCACACCACAGGGAGAAAACUGGUUAUCCUGGAUGUUUGAGAAGCUGGUUGUUGCAAUGGUGUGUUACUUUGUCCUGUCUAUCAUUAACUCCAUGGCACAAAACUAUGCCAAACGAAUCCAGCAGCGCUUGAACUCAGAGGAGAAAACUAAAUAAGCAGAGAGUUUUUUCUGCAGAAGUUAACAUGGUGGAGUCCUGCCUUACACUGGGAGGGCUCUAACCAGGAAGGAAGAUCCCCAUUUCCAACCUGUAUUGAUUUUUAAAACAUUCUUCCUGAAAGCAGUUUAGUCCAUAUUUUACACUGACAUACUUUUGCUUUAUUUGUUAAGGUAAGGUCUCCACCCUCAGUUCAAUCCACGUUGUAUUCUUUCGGGUGGAUAUGAUGUUCUGCUGCAAACUUAACAAAAACUGGCCUUCUGAUGCUUUCACAGGGCCACAUGGUCCAACUGGAGAACCUCGGCCACACAGAACCUUCUGAAGUCUGUUAAUAUGUCAGGCUUUUUAGGCUUGUCACAAAUGAUUGGUUUUUUCUAAGUCACCAAAUGUAUAUAAGUUAUAUAUAUUGGAUAGCAAUCUUGCAUGUCUAUCAUGGAACAAUUUAAUAUGCCUUCCUUUCCCACCCUCAAAAAGGCCAUUUUAUGANGCAUUGCACACCCUCUGGGGAAAUUGAUCUUUAAAUUUUGAAACAGUAUAAGGAAAAUCUGGUUGGUGUCUCACAAAUGAGUACGCCAUUUUUUAUUCUGUAUAUUUAGAAUGAAGUCGUGAAAAACUUUAUAAAGACAUCUUUGAUCAUUCCGAAAUUGUGUCCGUUUUCUUUAGUGCUAUGGUUUUUUGUUUCUUUUUCACUUCUACAAAGUGAGUGGCAGCCUUGCCAAUUAGACUUAAGCCAGAAUUGCCCAGGCUUUUAUUUAUUGCCUGAGAGAGCUACCUCCAAGGUGUUUUGUUAUGUUGGACUGGAGAUCUAAGUGGGACUAUGAGGUUCACCUAGAAUGGGAAUCUCUUACUUUAUAAAAACAAGAAGUGGUGAUGUAUAAAUCAGAGGACACUAGCAAGAAAGGCUUUUUCAUGUUCAUGUUAGUUUUAGCUGUUUGUACUCCGGCUUUAACAGGUGGAAGCUUACAUCUCGGUGUGUUUCUGUGUUUUAUUUCAAUGUGAUUUUCCUCUGACAUUUUUUUGAUUGACCCUGUUCAUUUUGUUUUGCCUGGUAGGAAAAUAAACAGCUUUCUUUCCUAGAAUUGGCAUUAAGUCCCAGCAAACCAGAGACGUUUGCUUUGCUUUAAACCCUGCCUGAGCACCUCGUGCUUGCCCCUGUCGUGGUCGUGACAUCUGCAUGGCUGUACCACCUUGUCGGAUAGCUUAUCAGACUGAUGUUGACUGUUGAAUCUCAUGGCAACAGCAGUCGAUGGGCUGUCUGACAUUUUGGUAUCUUUCAUCUGACCAUCCAUAUCAAAUGUUUUCAUUCAAACAUUACCCAGCAUCAUGGUUUGCAGUCAAAAAUUGUGGUCCUUAUGUCUUGUGAGACUUGCAGCCCUUAUACCUUGGUACAGCAGCAGUAUCAAGAGAAAACUUCCUAGGAAAUUGGGGUAGUCGUCACAGUCAUAACUAAAUAAAUAAAAUGAAAAUUCA